AUGGACAACGGGCUUUUGACAUUCAAUCUUCGGGUUCCCGUAGGCCUGCAGGUGGUCUCGCAUCUGGUCAACGAGAACACCAUCAUCGAGCAGUUCCUUCUCAUCCUUAGCUCCACCCUCGGAGGAUGCAAGUAUGAGAGAUAUCGCAAGGACAUUGAAGCCUUCACCGAUGGCCCUCUGGCACAGCUCACUCGUCUUGAGUUGCAGAGCGCUCUGACGCUCUUUGCAAGCAAGAUCGCAGAUCACAUUCUGUCGGACUUUGUGCCCGAGCUGGCUACUUUGACUGGAAAGGGUAUUGAAGGUCUCAACAUGCCCGUCAUUGACAACAUCGGCAAAGUCAGCACGGCGCCCUCGGACAGCGCCCCCGACGCCCCGGCCGAACCGGAGGAGGCGCCUGUUCCGGAGCCAGCACCUCCUGCUCCCGAAGUCGAGACGAAGAAGCAAUUGAAUGAAUUCGCAAGCAAGAACCUUGCCGGGUUCCCUCAGUUCUCCGAGGACAAAAUCCAGAGCAUCACCGACUUGGCAGCGGCGAACAUUCAAAGCAUCGCUGCUCAAUCGAAUAUUCCUCCCGAGGAGAUUCCCAAGGCGGCUCAGUUGGCUUUCUAUGACUUUACCAUUCUUUACGACGACAGCGGCUCCAUGAACUCGGAAGAAUCUCGUAUCCCCGCGACACAAGAGACAGUCAAGGGUCUAUACAAGGCUGCCAAGACACUGAAUCCGGACAACAAGUUCUCCAUCCGCUCGUUCGAAGGCGACGAGUAUGAAAAUGUGACCUCGGAGACCGAAUUGACCGACAUCGUCUCGUCUAUGACCUUUGACACCGGUGCAAAUGUGGCCCGACCGCUGAAAAAGAAGAUCUUGGAUCCCUUGGCCACCGCGGCAAUGGAAAACCGCUUGAACCCGACUAUUGUGGUGAUCAUCACCGAUGGAGAUCUCGGGAGCUCCGUGCCUGAAUUCACCGCGCAAGUCACCAAGUUCAAGUCCCAGCUCGACAGUGCGAAGAACACCGGUCCUGCCGUCUUAUUCUGUCUCUGCCGCGUGGGUCACGACGACUCCGCCGCUCGAUCCCUCAAGGAAUUGAACUCCGACUCGGGAACCAAGGACUUGAUCUACUACGGUGAAAGCUCGAUCGACGAUGAGCUCAGCAGUGUGGGUGGAGACAUCGACGCCUAUGUUGGAGUGAUUAUUUCCGAUUUGAUCAAGGCGAUGGAUCUUCAGACAAUUUAUUGA